AUGACUAUUAAUCAUGAAAACCACACUGGAAAUCCACGUUAUGGAUCAAUUCGGCAGUACUAUGAACGAUUACAAGUGGAAUCACAACAGAAUCAAACAAAUCCUCAUAAUAUUUUAACACAAACAAAUAUCGGUGUUCCGGAUGAAGUGCGUAUUCAGCUACCAAGCAAUGAAAAUUUGAAACGAAACAUCCGCCGUUGGCGACAAGAAGAUAACGCUGUAUCCACACCAACAAACAUCAACUUUCCAAUUAUUCCAAAUAAAUAUCAUCGAACAACACGUGAUACAAUAUUUUUUCGUAAAGAUACUGGUCCUGGUUCAAAUCGCUUAUUAAUAAUUUUUACCGACGAGCAGCAGAAUAUAAUGGAAAAUGCAACGAUAAGUCCCAUAAAAUCUAGCCAUCCAACUUUAUGGGCAUUUUUAGAUAAAUUAAUCAGAGAAGAAAAUAAUUUACAUUCGCAUAUAAUUAACGCUAUGUCAGGGAGCCAGCCACCAGGGCGAAAGCAUGAAACACUCAACAAACGAUUACGAAAUUUGGUUGAAAACCCACAUCCAGAUAUUUAUGAUCAGUUAAAAUGCAUCGGACGUUUGCUGUCGUUAUGA